GGUUUUCUCCAGGCACUCCGGUUUCCUCCCACAUCCCCAAAACUUGCAUUAAUUGAAGAAUGUGAGUGCGAAUGGUUGUUUGUCUGUGCCCUACGAUUGGCUGGCGACCAGUUGGGUGUACCCCGCCUUGCGCCCUACGAUAACUGGGUUAGGCUCCAGCACGCCCGCGACCCUAGUGAGGAUAAGCGGAGUGGAAGAUGAAUGAAUUAAUCUUUUAAAAAAAAUUAUAUGUACAAUAUUUUAUUGUGAACUUUCUAACGCUAAUCAACUGAUAUGUUACCCAAGUUCCAAAUGUAGCUUUUUUUCUGGUUGUUUAACAUGAGCUCGAAAUCAAGCCAAUAAGAGAACGGCAUUCACGCAGCAUACCACGCCCAUUUGAAGCAAUCGAACCAAUCGGAGACGCCGAAGGGUUUUUAAAUCCCCACGAUGCCACACGUACACACUCACUGACACAUACACUCUUUGUAUGCGUUUCCACCGUCACCCCAACAAUAAGCAAGCGAAACCCAUCAAUAUAUUUUAUUCACCACCCCUCACGUCGGAUAUGUAUUCGCAACACUGACAUGGCAAAAGGGAAGAAACAGAUGGAAAGGACGGACAAAAAUCCGGAAAACGCUUUGGAACAAAAAGUAACCUCCGGAGAGACCAAAGAAAACUGGCCCGUGGUUAGCAAAGAGCCAGAUUGCAGAAGAAAAGCACAUCCACGUACUCCGAAAAAGGCCAUAUCGCCUCUGAACGAAACCUCCAGCAUGCUCAUUCAAGACCGAAACGACACAGAUGCCAAUCACGCAGCCAAGCUGGACAAAGACACCUCAAAUGAGACGCAGUCGGAGCUGCGCGGAACCAAGGUCGCAGAUCAACCUCAGCAAAAGAAGAUGACGGCGCACACAAACGUGGCCCUGGCGGACGACCGCAAAGUUCCCGCCUCCAAGCCCCGAAGUCGGAAUCCUCACAAAGGGAAAAAGAUGGAAAAUAAAGCCUCGCAAAACAGGAAGGUUACAGACUUCUUCCCAAUCAGGAAAAGUAACAGGAAAACUAAAGGAGAGUUGAAGAAUGAAGAACACAAACACUUGGAUGACCUGAUAAAGAACGGCGUUGAAGAAGGACUGCAGGUGAGGGCGAUAGAAGGCAAAGGGCGUGGUGUAUUUGCCGAGCGCGGCUUCAAAAAGGGCGACUUUGUGGUGGAGUACCACGGUGACCUGCUUGAGCAGGCCGAGGCCAAACGCCGAGAGGCCCGCUACGCCCAAGACCCCCAGACGGGCUGCUACAUGUACUACUUCCAGUACCAGGCCAAGACCUACUGUGUGGACGCCACGCGGGAGACGGGUCGCCUGGGCCGGCUGAUCAACCACAGCAAGGCGGGCAACUGCCAGACCAAGCUACACGCCAUUGACGGCUCGCCUCACCUCAUCCUGGUGGCAUCCAGGGACAUCGAAGCGGCCGAGGAGCUGCUGUAUGACUAUGGUGACCGCAGCAAGGAGGCCAUCUUGGCUCAUCCCUGGCUCAAGCACUAAAAAAAACAAACAAAAAAAGGACCAAAAAACACCACAGUCCUGGGAAACUAGCUGGUGCUAAAAAUGCACAAUCAAUGACUUUUUUUUUUUUUUAAAUGACGGACAAAAAAACUUUUAAACUAAUAUGCAAUUUUAAUCAUGCUUUUUAUACAUUUUUCUGCUGUAGAAUAUUUUGUCUUCAUUCAAAUGUUACACAUUGUCUACUGUUGUGACAUUUGCCAUCAUGUAAAUUAUUAGCUGUGCUGUACCGUGCCCAAUAAAAGACAUGCAUGAGCUGA